AUGUUCAAUGAGAUAGAUGGUGACUUUGAUGAUGUGGCCAUCAGCACUUUCAAGGUCGACCUCUCAACCGAGCACGGUUUAAGGAAGUCUUUAACUAGCAAGCCUGUCACCAGUGUGCGCCAACUCAUGGACCAGAUUGAUAAGUACAAGAAGGUUGAGGAAAACCAGCAACAGGGGAAAGGAAAAACUAAGGUUAUCCCUCAGGAGAGGAGGGAUUUCAAGUCGGACCGAUACAACAACAAUCGACCUCGGAGGGACUUUACUAGGCAGUCAGGGUUUGCCAAUGCCCAGGCGGUUAACGCAGUGUUCCGGGAAUCGGUGCAUCAGGGAAAGCUGAAGCAGCUUUUGCAUCAUUCCAGUUGCCAGGGGAGCCAGACAGGUUCGGAUUCUCGGAGAGAUGCUUCUUCAAGACCUCCUUUAGGCAUGAUAAAUGUCAUCUUUGUAGUUUCAGGGAGGACCGGCUCUUGUCCCUCAAGAAUAAUGUUUGUCGCUCGGCUAUCUCCCGAGGACUCAAAUUCCAAGCCAAAAAGGGCUAAAAUGAGUAUGCAACUGGUGUUAAGCUUUUCAUAUGAAGAUAAGGUUGGAACCAUACAGCCCCAUGAUGAUGCUUUAGUGAUCACGCUAAGGAUUAGAGGGUAUGAUGUGAAGAGAGUGAUAGUGGACCAAGGCAGUGGUGCUGAAAUCAUGUACCCCGACUUGUGCAAGGGGCUGAACUUGAGACCCGAGGACUUAACAGCCUAUGAUUCCCCUUUGGUGAGUUUUGAUGGGAAGGUUGUCAUUACGAGAGGCCAGAUUAGAUUGCCGGUGCAGGCUAGUUUAGAAGUGGUGGAGGAGGACUUCAUCGUGGUGGACGCAUAUUCUCCCUACACGGCCAUUGUGGCCAGGCCCUAG